AUGCGUUCCGGGGGCCGCGGGCGGCCCCGGCUCCGGGUCGGAGAACGCGGCCUUUUGGAGCGACCCUCACCGCCCAAGCGCCGCCUGCUACCGCGUGCACAGCUAUUGCCCCUACUGCUGCUGGCUCUGACGGUAGCCUCGGUGUUCUAUACCAUUUGGAGCAGCUGGCAUAGCCAGACUGAAGAGCUGCCGCUGGGCCGGGAGCUGCGGGGCCCUUUGAUCGGAAGCCUCCCCGAAGCUCGGGUGCGGAGGGUAGUCGGGCAACUGGACCCUCAGCGUCUCUGGAACACUUUCCUGCGCCCUCUGCUGGUUGUGCGGACUCCGGGCAGCCCGGGCAAUCUCCAAGUCAGAAAGUUCCUGGAGGCUACGUUGCGGACACUUUCAGCAGGUUGGCAUAUAGAACUAGACCCCUUCACUGCCUCCACACCCCUGGGGCCAUUGGACUUCGGCAAUGUGGUGGCCACGCUGGACCCAGGGGCUGCCCGCCACCUCACCCUUGCCUGCCAUUACGACUCCAAGCUCUUCCCAUCUGGCUCAGCCCCCUUUGUGGGGGCCACGGAUUCGGCAGUGCCUUGCUCCCUGCUACUGGAGCUGGCCCAGGCCCUCGACCAAGAGCUGGGCAAAGCCAAGGAGAGGGCAGCCCCAGUGACCUUGCAGCUGCUCUUCCUGGACGGCGAAGAGGCACUGAAGGAGUGGGGACCCAAGGACUCGCUUUAUGGCUCCCGGCACCUGGCCCAGCUCAUGGAGUCUACACCCCACGGCCUGGGCUCCACCAGGAUCCAGGCUAUUGAGCUCUUUAUGCUUCUUGAUCUCCUGGGAGCCCCCAACCCGACCUUCUACAGUCACUUCCCUCGCACGGCCCGCUGGUUCCAUCGGCUCAGGAGCAUUGAGAAGCGCCUGCACCGACUGAACCUACUGCAGUCUCAUCCUUGGGAAGUGAUGUACUUCCAGACCGGGGAGCCCCCUGUCUCUGUGGAAGACGACCACAUCCCCUUCCUCCGCCGAGGAGUUCCCGUGCUCCACCUCAUCGCCACGCCCUUCCCCUCUGUCUGGCACACGUCUAAUGACUCCGAGGCCAACCUGCACCCACCCACUGUACACAACCUGAGCCGCAUCCUGGCCGUGUUCCUGGCUGAAUACCUGGGGCUCUAG